CUGGCACCGGAAGCCGCCACCCAGAGCGUUGGGACGGCAGCCAUGGGUGCCAGGUGGUACUGAGAGCAGUGGGGCAUGGCUGCAGUCCUGCAGGUCCUGCCCCGCUUGGCCCGAGCCCCCUUGCGCCCACUCCUCUCGGGGGGCGCGGUGGUCCGGCUGGCCAGUGGCAUGGCCCUCGCAGAGCAGGCACAGCAGCUGUUUGAGAGCGCUGUGGGUGCCGUGCUUCCAGGCCCCAUGCUUCACCGGGCACUGUCCUUGGAUCCUGGCGGUGGGCAGAUGAAGGUGCGGGACCGGAGCUUUCAGCUGCGGCAAAACCUCUACCUGGUGGGCUUUGGCAAGGCUGUGCUGGGCAUGGCAGCUGCAGCGGAGGAACUACUGCGCCAGCAUCUCGUGCAGGGUGUGAUCAGCGUUCCCAAGGGGAUCCGUGCUGCCAUGGAGCAUGCUGGCAAGCAGGAAAUGCUGCUGAAGCCACACAGCCGGGUCCAGGUAUUUGAAGGCGCAGAGGACAACCUCCCAGACCGUGAUGCACUCCGGGCCGCACUGGCCAUCCGGCAGCUGGCUGAAAGCCUUACGGCUGACGACCUACUGCUUGUGCUCAUCUCAGGUGGGGGCUCAGCCUUGCUGCCGGCCCCUAUCCCACCAGUCACACUGGAGGAAAAGCAGACACUCACCAAAUUGCUGGCGGCCCGCGGAGCCAACAUCCAGGAGCUGAACACAAUCCGGAAGGCCUUGUCCCAGCUCAAGGGUGGGGGGCUGGCUCAGGCUGCCUACCCUGCCCAGGUGGUGAGCCUGAUUCUGUCAGACGUGGUGGGGGACCCUGUGGAGGUGAUUGCCAGUGGCCCCACUGUGGCCAGCGUCCACAACGUGCAAGAUUGCCUGCACAUCCUCAAUCGCUACGGCCUUCGUGCUGCCCUGCCACGUUCCGUGAAGACUGUGCUGGCUCGAGCUGACUCUGACCCUCAUGGGCCACACACCUGUGGCCACGUGCUCAAUGUGAUUAUUGGCUCCAACGCACUGGCACUGGCCGAGGCCCAGCGGCAGGCUGAGGUGCUGGGAUACCGGGCCGCGGUGCUGAGUGCAUCCAUACAGGGUGAUGUGAAAAGUAUAGCCCGGUUCUACGGGUUGCUCGCCCAGGUGGCUGGAGCCCGCCUCACUCCGGCUGGGGCUGGAGCCUCUGCGGAGGAGGACGAACAACUCUGGGAGCUGGCAGCUGAGCUCCAGCUCCCAGACCUGCAGCUGAAGGAGGCUUUGGAGGCUGUGGUGGGAGCUGGGGGCCCUGUUUGCCUGCUGGCUGGUGGUGAGCCCACAGUGCAAUUGCAGGGCUCAGGAAAGGGUGGCCGGAACCAGGAACUGGCCCUGCGUGUUGGAGUUGAGCUGGGACAACGGCCACUGGGGCCUGUAGAUGUGCUGUUUUUGAGUGGUGGCACCGAUGGGCAGGAUGGGCCCACAGAGGCAGCCGGGGCCUGGGUCAUGCCUGAGCUGGCCAGCCAGGCUGCUGCUGAGGGCCUGGACGUGGCCACCUUCCUAUCUCACAAUGACUCACAUACCUUCUUCCGUUGCUUUCAUGGUGGGGCGCACCUGCUGCACACAGGGCUGACUGGCACCAAUGUCAUGGAUGUCCACCUUCUGUUCCUGAGGCCAUGGUGAUGGUGUAGGUCGUGUUUUAGGAGUACAUAGGAGGCCUACAGGGCAGCAUCCUAGAGCCAACCAAGGUUGUUCUCCAAGGCCUCAGCAGGCCUUAGGGCCCCUUCUUUCCUUGGCCCUAGCUGCCUGGUUGGCCCUUAUGCCUCACACCCAUGGCCUCUGCUCUGUGUUCAUUCCUCCAACCAGACUGGCAGAUGGGGGUUCUCUUCUCCCUACUUUCUGCCAUGACAGACAGCAUGUACCUCUGAGGACCAGGAUGAGCCCCUUGGCCAGUUUGCUAUUCCCAGUCUUCUCCCCCGACCCCAACAGCCCCUCUGCUGAGCUCUUGAGUGUCUUUUCUGUGGGGUGAAGCAAGAAGGACUGCAAAUAAAAAGAACCACACUA